GGGACAUGGCGCGCGCUCCCGAGCUCUCAUACGGUGCCUCCGCCGCGCGCUCCCGAGCCUUCAGAAGUUGGGGCACGUCCUGGCGCGCACCCCCGAGCCCUCGAGGUGGUCUCACGCCCCGGGUGGGGGUGCCGAACCCUCAGGAGGAGCGCUCCCUGGGGCCCUCAGGAGGGGGUCCCGGCUCCCGAGCCCCUCAGGAGGGGGCCCCCGGCACGCACCCCCGAGCCAGGAGGGGGUACCCAGAGCCCCGGGGGUGUCCCGGUGCGCCCCCCGGAACCGGGGCUGUCCCGAUCCCUCGGGGGCGGGGGUGGGGGUCCCGGCGCGCGCCCUCGAGCCAGGAAUGGGUGUCCGAAGCUCUUAGGGGGGGUCCGAUCCCUCAGGAGGGGUUCCCAGCGCGCGCCCCUAAGCGCUCAGGAGUAGCCGGGCGCGGCGGCGGUUGGACUCGGGCACGCGGGCGGGGCGGGGCGGGGCGCGCGAGGAGGACGGGGCGGAGGCCGCGCGGACCGGGGCGGGCGGAGCGGAGCUGGGCGGGCGGCGGCGCUCGGGGCGGGGCGCGGCGGUUCCGGCCCAGCCAUGGCGGACGAGGCCCCGCGGAAGGGCAGCUUCUCGGCGCUCGUGGGCCGCACCAACGGCCUCACCAAGCCCGCGGCCCUGGCCGCCGCGCCCGCCAAGCCGGGGGGCGCGGGCGGCUCCAAGAAGCUGGUCAUCAAGAACUUCCGAGACAGACCCCGGCUGCCCGACAACUACACGCAAGACACGUGGCGGAAGCUGCACGAGGCGGUGCGGGCCGUGCAGAGCAGCACCUCCAUCAGGCUUAAGCUGCUUAGAACGAUUCUUAAAGUUAUCCCAUUACCGAAGAGAAGGAGGUGUGUUUCUAGGAGCCACGUGACUCAUAUUUUGCAAGCUGUGGAAAAUCUCUGUUCUCACAAAGUCUCCCCAAUGCUGUACAAGCAACUACGUCAGGCCUGUGAAGACCACGUCCAGGCACAGAUCCUUCCGUUUAGAGAAGACUCACUAGAUAGUGUUUUAUUCUUAAAGAAGAUUAACACAUGCUGGCAGAACCACUGCAGACAAAUGAUCAUGAUUAGAAGCAUCUUCCUGUUCUUGGACCGCACCUAUGUGCUGCAGAACUCCACGCUGCCCUCCAUCUGGGAUAUGGGAUUAGAACUGUUUAGAACCCAUAUUAUUAGUGAUAAAAUGGUUCAAAGUAAAACCAUUGAUGGAAUCCUGCUGCUGAUCGAGCGCGAGAGGAGUGGCGAGGCCGUGGACCGGAGCCUGCUGCGGAGCCUGCUGGGCAUGCUCUCCGACCUGCAGGUGUAUAAAGAUUCAUUUGAACUGAAAUUUUUGGAAGAGACUAACUGCUUAUAUGCUGCCGAAGGCCAAAGGUUAAUGCAGGAAAGAGAGGUUCCAGAAUAUCUUAACCAUGUAAGUAAACGUUUAGAGGAAGAAGGAGACAGAGUGAUCACUUACUUGGACCACGGCACACAGAAACCACUGAUUGCUUGUGUGGAGAAACAGCUGUUAGGAGAACAUUUAACAGCGAUUCUGCAGAAAGGGCUUGACCACUUACUGGAUGAGAACAGAGUGCCGGACCUCGCGCAGAUGUACCAGCUGUUCAGCCGGGUGAGGGGCGGGCAGCAGGCGCUGCUGCAGCACUGGAGCGAGUACAUCAAGACUUUUGGGACAGCGAUCGUCAUCAAUCCUGAGAAAGAUAAAGACAUGGUCCAAGACCUGUUGGACUUCAAGGACAAGGUGGACCACGUGAUCGAGGUCUGCUUCCAGAAGAACGAGCGGUUCGUCAACCUGAUGAAGGAGUCCUUUGAGACGUUCAUUAACAAGAGACCCAACAAGCCUGCAGAACUAAUCGCAAAGCAUGUGGAUUCAAAGUUAAGAGCAGGCAACAAAGAAGCCACAGACGAGGAGCUGGAGCGGACGUUGGACAAGAUCAUGAUCCUGUUCAGGUUCAUCCACGGUAAAGAUGUCUUUGAAGCAUUUUAUAAAAAAGAUUUGGCAAAAAGACUCCUUGUUGGGAAAAGUGCCUCAGUCGAUGCUGAAAAGUCUAUGUUGUCAAAGCUCAAGCAUGAGUGUGGUGCAGCCUUCACCAGCAAGCUGGAAGGCAUGUUCAAGGACAUGGAGCUUUCGAAGGACAUCAUGGUUCAUUUUAAGCAGCAUAUGCAGAAUCAGAGUGACUCAGGCCCUAUAGACCUCACAGUGAACAUACUCACAAUGGGCUACUGGCCAACGUACACGCCCAUGGAAGUGCACUUAACCCCAGAAAUGGUUAAACUUCAGGAAGUAUUUAAGGCAUUUUAUCUUGGAAAGCACAGUGGUCGAAAACUUCAGUGGCAAACUACUUUGGGACAUGCUGUUUUAAAAGCGGAGUUUAAAGAAGGAAAGAAGGAAUUCCAGGUGUCCCUCUUCCAGACACUGGUGCUCCUCAUGUUCAACGAGGGAGAUGGCUUCAGCUUUGAGGAGAUAAAAAUGGCCACGGGGAUAGAGGAUAGUGAAUUGCGCAGAACGCUGCAGUCCCUGGCCUGUGGCAAAGCGCGUGUGCUGAUUAAAAGUCCCAAAGGAAAGGAAGUGGAAGACGGAGACAAGUUCAUUUUUAAUGGAGAGUUCAAGCACAAGUUGUUUAGAAUAAAGAUCAAUCAAAUUCAGAUGAAGGAAACUGUUGAGGAACAAGUUAGCACCACUGAGCGAGUGUUUCAGGAUAGACAAUACCAGAUUGAUGCUGCUAUCGUCAGAAUAAUGAAGAUGAGAAAGACUCUUGGUCAUAAUCUUCUAGUUUCUGAAUUAUAUAAUCAGCUGAAAUUUCCAGUAAAGCCUGGAGAUUUGAAAAAGAGAAUUGAAUCUCUGAUAGACAGAGACUAUAUGGAGAGAGACAAAGACAAUCCGAAUCAGUACCACUACGUGGCCUGACGCAUCUGCAGACGGUUCCCCUUCAGGAAACACUAGAAUGUACCCUCAGAGCAGGAAGCACACCUGUGCCAUUUCUGGGACUCUGAUUGAUCCAGCUGUGGACAUUGGAAGGCGAAGGAAGGGAGUUGGCUCCUGGGUCAUCCUUCACAAGGCUCAAGACUUCAACCGGCAGAUGUAUCUUUUUCCCUCCAGUUUUUCCUCUAGUUCUUUUAGGCAUUUAAAUUGUUUCUGUUACUCUGUGCAAAAUAACUUUGAGAUUGGACAAGAAGAUACUGCUAAAGAGAAGUUCCUUUAAAAGGUCUUGUUCUUGUGUCAAAAAGCUGAAAGUUUGGUUUGUUCUUGUGUGUGAUCAUGAAUGCACAAUGAAGAAGACCCUAGAUGCUGCAUUUUUUAGCUCUGAAGAUUCCUUAGGUAUCCCUGAAGACAGCUCGCUCAGAUGACCAGCAUUUAGAGUGAAAACAAGGGCCUUUCGUGGGUGAGCAUGAGAAAGAGCCAGGGUUCAAAGCUGGCGAAUGGAUGGUGCAUCCUAGCCACUGGCCUCUCUGUGUUUCCUGUAUUUCCAAAAGUGAUAAAUUUGAUGGCUGAUUUUUUGUAAGUCAGGUUUCUCAGUGAGCUCCCUGACGUGCCAAGGCCAUGGUGUCCGCCCUGCUGCGUCUGUUCGUUUCAGCUGAGUUGCUUGUGAAUCUCUGUUUUAGGGUUUGGGGCUAGCGUGUUUGUGUUUCCAUUCUAAGAUUGAGUCUGGCAGUUCCUGUUUUUUUGCAUUGGGGUAACUGCUCUUUGAUUUUUUUUAAUUGCAGUAUUUGUAUGAUUGCAAUAAUAAAGUUUGGUUUGGUUUUUACAGUCAUGCGCAGGGAUGAUCCUUGUUCUCUGCUGUAAACUGUAAAAAGUUUAUGGAGACUUAAAGUCUUGAUGUUGUGAAGCAGAGGUUAUUUUGUGGAAAGAUUAAAAGGAUUUUGUUGGUACCUGGUUUUGUGUUGUGUAUAUAUACAUGAGGUUGAACAGUGAAAGGAAAGUUCAGUAGUGAUGUUAGAAGGGUAACUAUGACAAAGAUACUUUUGAGAUAACAUUUAAAAGUACUUUAUAUUUUACAUAAUAGCAUGUUUCAUUUUGAUUAAAAGCUACCAAAGGAAUUUUGAUCAUGGCCUAAGUGUUUAAAGCAAUAUUUUCUGGAAUAUACCGAGUUUAUAUAAUUUGAUUUUGUGCUAAAUUAUUAAAAGAGUCUCUUUUUGAAACAUGCGGGUGGGUUUCCAUAUUAAAAUCCUCACUCUUUAAUAGUCAUUUCUAUCUCUGAGAAUUUUCAUUUAUGAGUUCCAUGAUAUGUGGUCUAAGAAAGACCAAACAGAUUUCUAUUUUUAUUUCUUAUAUUUUAAGUUCGUUGUGUCUAGAGAUUGUUAAUAUUGUAAUUUAAUGUAGACUUACUUUGAAUAAAAUUAGUUUAAUUGGCCUUAAAAUUACAUUAAUAAAACUUUGUGAUAUGCAAA